AUGGAGGGGGAUGAGAGCUCUGAUAACUUACGGGGCCUCUACCAGGACCUGUCGGCCUUGUCCAGGUUUGCUCUUCCAAAUGCAGAGAGACUUGUGGCCGAAUUGGAAGCAACGCUUCAAGACUUUCGCAGACUUCUAGACAGGCCAUCCAAAAACAACGACAGCAGAAAAACUGUCCUUUCUGGCAAAAUUAAGCUCGCCGAUGUUGAAUAUGAGGUCAAUCUGGAGUUCCAACAAGAAGUCCUUCAGGUAGCAGAUGCAUUGGAUGUUGACGAGAUCGAAGCUGCGCGUUACUAUAUACGCGCCCAGUCCGACUCCAAGAAGCUAGAUCGAUCCCCCAUCGUCAGCUCUAUAAUCCGUUUUCAUGAACAAAGGGAAUUCGUCCUAGAAUGCCUGCGGCUAAUCCUCCACGAGUCAUUCGAGGUAGAACGAGAAGAAACCCAGCUUCUUAUGAAAGAAUAUGUAGCAUCCGUGCUUGAAAUUCAGAAUGGGCCUUUGCGAAAUGGAUCACUCUUUGCUAGAAAAUGCAUGGAUGCCAUGACGGACAUUGAAAAAUGGCUGGUUCUCUUGGGGGAACAGAUACAAAAGGCAUCCAUCGUUGGGCAGUCGCAGGAAGCUGAUAUUCUUGAGGUUAUUGAAUAUCAGCGGCAAAGUCUUGGGAAACAACAUGAAUCCUUAGGAGCCAUCAUUGACAAAUUCGACAUGCUUCUAGUACAUUAUAUUCCCUCGAUUAUUGCUGCGACGUCACAGUAUGGCUCAUCGGAAGGGCAAGGGAUUGAUGAUGCGAGAUCUUUACACAAAGUGAUUACCGAGUCAAAAGAUUCUCAAAGCUGGGUACUUCCUCAAUUCCACGCUGCGACCAUAGUUUUUUGGCUAGCAGAAUAUAGUGGUUGGUACUUUGAUAGUGGCGCGGCAGGGCCCCUCCAAGGUAUUAACACUGCUGAUGAGUCUGCGAAGCUAUCAAAAGCUCUUCUCGCUGCCCUUGAAGAUGGUGGUUUUCACUUCAUACUUAGCAUCUGUGCUGGGGUUGGUUUGGACGAAUGGAAAAACAUGGAAAGGAAUGAGUUGGUUACGUUAUUGUUGAAGGAGGGAAUCCGGCUUACACCCGAACCCGACGAUCCUUCACCAUAUUUUCAUACCAUACUCAUGGAGAGUAUCGAAGGGUUUACUGAGUCUCUGAUUGCCAACAUGCCUGAUGCUAUUAGAAUGCUAAAAUCGGAGGAAGAUACCCAGCGGUUAGAUCAGAUUACUGCACUCAGGGACUCGGUUUCCCCAAAUCUACACCGAGGGCCAGUGGAGGUUCGCAUGCAUUUAGAAUGCUUACUCACAAUUAUUGCUUUCUCCUUUGACGGUAGAAACGAUGCCGCUCAAGAGUUCUGGCUAGACCCUGACGGUAAUCUAUACGGGUUUCUCCAGUGGGUAUCGAAACGUCAAACAGUUCCUCGUGCUAGUGCAUUCUGUGAGAUGCUAUGCUCUAUUUCUGGAGGGGAAGAGAACUCCGCUGCCGCACACAAGUUCCUCAUUGAUGAAGAUUCUUUGUCCUCCGCAAAAUUCCGAAGGUCCGCUUCCAUGAACUGGACCCAAAUGUUCGCUGAAAUUCAUCUAUAUGCGGUGAGAAUCACAGAGCGUCCGUCUACAACCCAGUCUUCGACACUUCGUCUACGUAAACUAGAAGUCCCGGAUAUUGAAGAACCCGAGAGCCCAAUCAUGCUUACCAGCUAUCUGCGUCUCAUUAGCCAUCUUUGCAGAGAGAAUGGUAAAAUACGCGAUUGGAUUUUGCAACAUCAGACCGUCAAUUUAAUCCCAAUGCUACUUACACUCUGCGGCGCAUCCAUUCCUCAACACCUUAGGGCAGCUAUUUUUGUUACAUUACGUUGCCUGAUGAUAGAUCGAACAUCGGCCCAUUCAAACGAAAUGUGGACUUCCCUUGACAAUUGCAUUUCUAGCUCAGGCUCCCUUCCACUAGCACUAUCUCGACUACCUUCUCUGUCUAGUCCUCCAGUACGAAAUGAACGACAUGCUUUCCAACGCAUCACAGAGAGCUUUGAUCAAAUGAAUACGUUUGUUGAAAUGCUAAAUAAUCUGGUCACACCCGUAUCUGACGCUCUAGAGUCUCAAUUGACCCUACCAUUCCCAGAGUCUUUGGGAUCCUCGUACCGAAUGCCUGGUAUUGAGCCAUAUAUUGAUUAUGUUAUGGGCCAGGCUUUUGCAAAUAGAAGUGCCAUGUCAGAAGAUAAGGAGUCACACCUUUUGCAGUGGAAUUGUAUGAACUUUGCCGCUACAUGUCUGGAGUCUUUUAACGACAACCUUGUUAGCAUUGUUAGCCAGCCAUCAAUAUCCGCUCAACCAAACUGGAAAGUUACGUUUUCAACUUAUCUUCGCUUACAUCCAUUCUCCCGUGUUAUGGAGUGGCUAUUCAAUGAAGACGUGCUGAGGGUCCUGUUUUCAUGCUCUCAUAGGGAUGCAGAUGGAGUUUCCAAAGCCUCUUCGAAUUCUAUAUUGGUUUCCAGUUUGGUUCGGAGUAUUGAUAUUAUGAAUCUGAUCCUUGAUCACCAGCCUACAUAUUUUCACAUUGUGCGGCCAAUGAUCAAGAGUACUGGGCAAGACUCGUCUUUCAACAUUGCUAAUUCUACUCUCGCAUGCUUUGAGGACUGUGUCAUCGAUAACUUAGGAUUGAUUUCUGAUCUAUGCCUUUAUUGUGGAACCGGACACCCUCAACUAACCCUAACGUCAUUGGCCCUUUUGGAAAAGCUGUCUGCUUCCCGCAAGCUGAACAAGUCUUCCAAUAUAUCAUCCAGAUGGCAAUCUACUAACCAGAUGGUUGAACAACUAAACUCGAAUGUGGAAGCAGAUCGGGUUGCUCGAUCUCUAGCAUCCCAGAUAGAUGUAGACAUGCGAGAAUUAGAGAGUGGCCCGGACUCGUCAGGUUAUCUUAUUAAGAUGGGAUUGCUUCAGCUAUUAGAUAAGUGUCUCAAGAUGUCGCCGGAAAAGCCGACUAUCGCGCAUCUUCUCCUCGGUUUCUCCUGCCUUGGUAAUACACUUGAUAUUUCGUCCGACAGCUUGUUCGAGAAUGGAAUCUCCCUUCUACACUCUAUACUCGAGUUCGUCAAAUCUUACCCGCUCGGGACAGAUGGAGCGAUUGUUUCCUGGAUGAUACAUCUCAGACGCCUAGGCUUUCAGGUUUUAUUGAACUUAUGGUCUUCGCCUCUUUCAUCCAACCUUACUUUACCAUACCUUCGUGCUGGUCAGUUAUUGCCAGUACUACUCAUCUCCCAACCUGUCGUUACUGCAGACACAUUAUGGGAUGACUUCCGAACAAAUGAACCCCAUUUCUGGCUGUCGUCAUCACCUAGCGCUCUAUCUGAGUUACUCAUGCUCCGCACUCUACUCUAUGAAUAUGCGACAACAGAGAUACGGGCGGUAUAUAAGCAGAGUUCUCCAUCUCUCCAGAGGGAUACGUUACGGACAAUUUUGGGCAACACAGUAGCCGAAGGUGACCAAACUAUUGAGCAUCCAUCUUUGUUCGAUCUUUUUGAUUUUGCGGAUAUUGAUAUCGACUUUUCUUAUACGCGGCCUGAGCUACAGUUCUUUGGGAACAUUGACGUUGAAAAUUGUGUGAAAACGCAGGAGGAUGGAGCGGUUGUUCUAUAUGACAUAGAAGCGCUCCAGGAACUGCUUCAACUCGUUAAAGAGGAUCUUGUUGCAGAUGGUGUAGUAACACCGCAAAACGAGGAGCAGGUAAUUGUUGAAAAAGAAAAAUUAUUACUGUUUCUACGUGCCACCAACGAAUUCCGCUAUGUUCGGUUCAAUCGAUUCAUUGCAUUGAAAGCCUGGACAGAACUCGUGACAAUAAUUGCCGUUACUUGCAAAAUGGAUCCUGCAUAUCUAGCUACAUUUAUUCAACAAACCCUACAACUCAUACUUCCCAAAUUUGAGUCAUCUAUUGUCGGGAACUCGGCAGAGGCUAUAGAGCUAGCACACCUUGGAGAGACCCUUAUCGAUGGACUUGAUAAAAUUCCUAGCAAUACGAACGGGGAUGUCAUUGACGAGCGAUUAGACUACUUAUUCCAGGUUUGCAUAAAUGGCAUCCCGCAAACAUCUGACAACAUUAUAUUGAGGGAAAGCCUUUAUCAGAUAUGUUCAAAACACCUUGCCCGGGUCACCGCAUCGGACUCGACGAGUGGCAGGUUCAAAGAGCAUGCGCAUAACGCUAUCAAAGUCGCAGGGCCUACACUCAUGGAAACCAUUUGUGAUGAUGCGUACGGCGGCAGUGAGACAUGUAGAGUCUCUGCUUUGGUAUUGCUAAAUCUAUUAGGUACCCUUGACCAGCAGAGAAAUUCUUCACUGCUUGUCAACUUGAUUACUCACUCCAACUAUCUCGGAAUGUUCCUCGACGUGCUAAGAAUGAUGCCUUCGGAGUUCCGAAGUGCCAAAGCUGCAGAUACCGCACAGCUUCUGCUGUUUUACGAAUCACAGCUAUCCCUUCUUCAACAACUCUCACAGACAAAGGCCGGUGCAGCACAGCUCUUGGAUGCGGGUCUAUUCCAGGCAGUGAAGGAAUCGCAGUUGUUUUCUGCUGAUCCAGACAUAGGCAUCGACAUUGAUAACAGUGACGCGCUUCAACGAUAUUAUGACUUGCUUUUAUCAGUUCUCCAAGUGAUUGUUUCCACCGUCUUUGCCCGAGGGCUACAUAACCAAGCCAUAUGUGAUCAGACAAGGACAUUCCUUUCUGAGAAUAGGCAAAGCAUGGUUGGUAUAUUCAAGCGAUGCGCAAAGAGUGGAAGCUUGGAUGAUCCCAACAUGAAAAAGUGCCUGGAAAACCUGGCGAAAUCGUACACUGUAUUGAUUGCAUCUGUCGACUUUCUAGAUUACGAAGAUAACCAGUCGACCAUCACGUCAAAACCAAAGUUCUUUUCCUAG